AGAGGGUCACGUGGUUCGCCCAUCUGGCCACGCCCCCUAGUGAAAUGAAUCCUUAUGUAGAGGAGAGGUGAAAUGAUGCGUUCAUGAUUUCAGUGGUAAGAUGUGCACUUCGCUUCGAGAUUGUACUGCCAAAGAACCGCAUGAUCUGAUCGCGGAGCUGAAACCCGCUCAUCCCCCGCGUCUGUACGGCUCUGCCGGCUGCGAGACAUGGAGCGUCCGCUUCUCCCCGGACGGAUCUUAUUUUGCCUGGUCGAUGGGAUACGGCUUCGUCAAACUCCUCUCCUGGCCGCUGACAUCCAAAGACGCCGAAGCUGGACGCAGUGAAGAGAAGACACUUAACUGCGGGCAAACGGUUUGGGCACUGGCAUUUGGACCAAGCAUGUCUACCCGAGUGGAUGCUUUACAUCAGAACAGACGUGAUCAUGAGCUACUGCUGGCCAUUGGUCUGAACAAUGGCGUGAUCCAAGUGUGGGUCGUCUCAACUGGAAAUCUGCGGGUUACUCUAACCGGACAUCAGGCUCCUGUGAGGGAUUUAGUGUUUACUCCAAAUGGAAGUCUCACGCUUGUAUCAGCCUCCCGAGACAAAACUUUAAGGAUAUGGGACUUGGCGAAGAAAGGCGCCAGUCCCCAUGUGCUGCGGGGUCCAGACUACUGGGUCUUCAGAUGUUCCAUAUCACCUGACAGCAGUGUGAUCGCCUCUGUUUGCAACCUAGACUCUAAGGUGUAUUUGUGGAGCUUGAGGUCCUACACCUUCAUGAGACACGUUACAUAUGACCACGAGCGCACCAUGGCAUCAUGUGACUUUUCCCAGGAUGGAGCGCUACUUGCGAUCGCUUCGUAUCAUUCGACCACAGGCUGGUGGCUGGACCUGUGGGACCCCUAUACAGCUGAUCUCCUGACUAGAGUAGAAGACUGUGAGGUGUGUGCUUACAGAAGUGACAAUCUACUGACGUCUCUUAGCUUCUCUCCGGUUGGUCUGCUUCUGGCUUUUAAAGACUAUAGGGCGUUACGGAUCUGGGAUGUGGAACGAGAUAAACUAGUCACAGACACUGAUCACAACCGAGCCGGUGGUGUGUGCUGUGCUUUCCAUCCAGAUGGGGGCGUCAUCGCCACAGGGUGCAGAGAUGGACAUGUAAAAUUCUGGCGAGUCCCUCGCCUCGUUCCGAGCCUUAAGCAUCUGUGCCGGAUUGCCCUGAGAUUCUCCAUUUCAACCUAUCAAGUGGAGGCCCUUCCCUUGCCAAAAAAAAUCCUGGAAUACCUCACUUACAGGGACAUUCCAAAGCAAAAGAUUGUAUAUUGUAAAGAACACUGCAGAUGACUGAAAACUAAUGUUUGUGGGUCAAACUUGACACCAUACUUGAAAUAUUUAUUUAAAGACUUUAUUUUUUACAUAACUACUUUGAAAAUGUAGCAUUAGUUUUACAAAGUACUGAGACAAGCGUUAUUUUAAGCUUAAAAAAUAAAAAUUUUCAAAAAUA